AUGGCAAAUAAACUAUAUUCAGAAGAGUUAGGGCUUGAGAAAACGGACCCUCUUCUGUGGAGAUUAAGGACCAACAUUGACGGCCGUCAAUCAUGGGAAUAUAUAACAAAGGACCAGUCACCCAAUGAUCCACAAUCCAAUUUUACCAAAUGGCUACUACAGUUACCAGAUUUUCCGACUCCACAGUAUCCAGAUAAUAUUAAGGAUGUAUCUGCUGAAGCUAUUUGUUUAAAGGGAGCUAAAUUCUUCAGAUUAUUGCAAGAUGAAACUUCUGGAACUUUCCCAUGUCAAUACAAGGGCCCAAUGUUUAUGACUAUAGGUUACGUUGCAGUGAAUUAUGUUGCAGAUAUUAAAAUCCCUGAAAGUGAACGUAUUGAGAUUAUACGAUAUAUUGUGAAUACAGCUCAUCCUGUUGAUGGUGGUUGGGGUCUACAUUCGGAAGAUAAAUCUACAGUAUUCGGUACUGUUCUUAACUAUAUAAUCUUAAGAUUACUGGGACUUGAUGCAAAUCAUCCUGUUUGCAUGAAAGCUAGAGAUACUUUAUUAAGAUUAGGCGGCGCCAUUAGCGCUCCACAUUGGGGGAAGGUCUGGCUAUCUGUUUUGAAUUUAUACAAGUGGGAAGGUGUCAAUCCAGCUCCACCAGAAACAUGGUUGUUGCCCUACUGGAUGCCUAUUCAUCCAGGGAGAUGGUGGGUUCAUACGAGGGGAGUAUAUUUGCCUAUCAGUUAUCUAUCGUUGGUACAUUACCAAUGUGAAUUGACAGAUCUUUUGAAAGAAAUAAGAAGUGAAAUAUAUGUUAAACCAUUUGAUUCCAUUGAUUUUUCAAAACAUAGAAAUACAGUUUGUGGUGUGGAUUUAUAUUAUCCCCAUUCUAAAACUCUUGAUUUUGCGAACUCUUUAAUUGUUCCCUAUGAAAAAUAUUUAAGACCGAAUGCAUUAAGGGAUUAUUCUAAACACAAAGUUUACGACCUCAUAAAGAAAGAAAUAGAAAAUACAGAUUACCUCUGUAUAGCUCCAGUGAACCAGGCGUUUUGUGCAUUAGUUACACUACUCGAAGAAGGGGCUGACUCCAAAGCUUUCGAGAGAUUCCAAUAUCGAUUUAAAGAUGCAUUGUUUCUGGGACCACAAGGUAUGACAGUAAUGGGUACUAAUGGUGUUCAAACGUGGGAUUGUGCUUUUGCCAUACAAUAUUUGUUUGUUGCUGGCCUGGCUAAGAGACCAGAAUUCUACAAUACCAUUUCCAAUGCUUACAAAUUCUUAUGUCGCUCCCAAUUUGAUACGGAUUGCGUUACUGGUAGCUUUAGAGAUAAAAGAGAUGGUGCAUGGGGGUUUUCGACAAAGACUCAAGGUUAUACAGUGUCCGAUUGUACAGCUGAAUCUAUCAAAGCAAUAAUAAUGGUAAGGAAUUCCGUUAUAUUUAAAGAUAUUCAUGAUGAAAUCUCUGAUGAAAGACUAUAUAAAGCGGUAGAUAUACUACUAGAUCUUCAAAACACUGGUUCUUUUGAAUUUGGAUCAUUUGCAACUUAUGAAAAGAUUAAAGCUCCCUUAUUUUUAGAAGCGUUGAAUCCAGCUGAAGUUUUUGGUAAUAUUAUGGUUGAAUAUCCAUAUGUUGAAUGUACCGAUUCAUCUGUAUUAGGUUUGACAUCUUUCCAUAAACAUUAUAAUUAUCGUAAAGAUGAAAUAUCGAAAAGAAUAAAUAUUGCUAUAGAGUAUAUUAAAAAAGUUCAAGAAGAUGAUGGAAGUUGGUACGGGAGUUGGGGUAUAUGUUACACUUAUGCGGGCAUGUUUGCCAUGGAGGCAUUACAUUCUGUCGGUGAAACAUAUGGAAACUCUUUCGUGGUGAAGAAAGGGUGUGAUUUUUUAGUUGCACGACAAUUGGAAGAUGGAGGUUGGGGUGAAUCCAUGAAAUCUAGCGAAUUACACACUUACGUGAGUACAAAGGAAUCUUUAGUAGUUCAAACAGCAUGGGUCGUUCUUGCAUUAUUACUGGCGCAAUAUCCAAACAAAAAUAUAAUCGAUAAAGGUAUUGCUUUACUAAAAAAGAGACAACAGGUAUCAGGCGAGUGGAAAUUCGAAAGUCCAGAGGGUGUGUUUAAUCAUUCUUGUGCGAUCGAGUAUCCAAGUUACAGAUUUUUGUUUCCAAUAAAGGCCUUAGGGCUGUAUUCACAAAUAUAUGAACAUAAUGCUAAUAUCUAA